UGGCCUUGCUGACCAUGAAUGGGAUGGCCAAUGUGAAUUCUGCCAGCCGCCCUCACUAUGCCUCCUCCAUCCCUGUGCCUCGAGCUUCUUCCCAGACCAGGAUUCAUACACCGGGUGCUUCUCCCCAGCUGCGGCCACGCCAGGCUGGGCUGGCCCUGAGCCCUCAGAGAGCAGCCUCUCCAAGACUGGGCAAGGCUGCAGGCCCUUCCAGAAACUCCUCUCCUAAGGCCUCCCGGGGCAGAGGCUCCCCCAGGGGUGCUGGGACAGUGAGAGAGUCAGCUGAGGGUGGAGAAGGCCUCUCUAGCUCCCCAUGGAACAGUCCCAGGAUAACCCCCAAAGCAGCCCUUUCCAGUCGAGCUGGCUCCAGAAGAGUAGGGGAAACACAAGGCACCCACAGAAUGAAGAAAAAAGCCCAUGAAGGGAUUCCAGUCGGCCAGACCAGGGGCAGGAGCCCAUCCCGGACAAGCUUUCAUGGAGAAACUCAAACACCAGGCACUUCUGAAGGUCAAAAGCCUCCUAACUGCCCUGGAAAAGACCAAAGAAAUGUAAACUACAAAAGUUCUGGACUUCCCAGAUCUUUGGCACCUGAUGAUGGGGCAGCUUCACAGGCUUCUUCUCCAGUCUGCAGCCCAGCACCAGGCAAGCGCCCCUCUCCCACCCCAGGGGCCAUUAGUUUCUCCUCAGCCCAUCAGCAGAGUCAACCAGUCACAGCCACAGUGGCCCCCUUCCAGUACAGGUUGCAAAAAGACCAGGAACCAGGGCCCUUCCCCCAGGGUAGCUGGGCCCUUGAUGACUAUUCUGAGCCCCCUGCUGAGACUGAGGAGAGCUUCUCCUGCAUGGACGCGCGGAUCGUCCAUGCGCUCCUUGCGGGCAGAAUGCUGGGCAGCAGCGUCAAGAGCUUGCAGCCCGAGGUGGAGCUGAGCGGUGGCGGCGGUGACGAGGGCGCGGACGAGCCGCGGGGCGCCGGCAAGAAGGCGGUAGCGGCGGACGGCAAAGGCAUGCUACCCAAGCGCGCCAAGGCGCCCAGUAGUGGUGGCGGCAUGGCCAAGGCCAGCGCUGCUGAGCUGAAGGUCUUCAAGUCCGGCAGCGUGGACAGCCGUGUCCCCAGCGGGCCACCCGCCUCCAACCUGCGCAAACAGAAGUCGCUCACCAAUCUCUCGUUCCUCACAGACUCGGAGAAAAAACUGCAGCUCUAUGAACCUGAAUGGAGCGACGAUAUGGCCAAGGCGCCCAAGGGCUUGGGCAAGGUGGGGUCCAAAGGCCGUGAGACUCCUCUGAUGUCCAAGACUCUGUCCAAGUCAGAGCACUCGCUCUUCCAGGCCAAGGGGAGCCCGGCUGCUAGCGCCAAGACCCCUCUGGCUCCGCUUGCUCCCAGCUUGGGAAAGCCGAGCCGGAUCCCCCGAGGACCCUACGCGGAGGUCAAGCCGCUUAGCAAGGCGCCUGAGGCGGCCGUGAGCGACGACGGCAAAUCGGAUGAUGAGCUGCUUUCCAGCAAGGCCAAGGCACAAAAGGCCUCCGCUGGGCCGGUGCCCUCUGCCAAGAGCCAGGAAGAGCGUGCCUUCCUCAAGGUGGACCCAGAGCUUGUGGUGACGGUGCUGGGCGACCUGGAGCAGCUGCUCUUCAGCCAGAUGCUGGACCCAGAGUCCCAGAGAAAGAGGACAGUGCAGAAUGUCCUGGAUCUUCGACAGAACCUGGAAGAGACCAUGUCCAGCCUGCGGGGGUCCCAGGUGACUCACAGCUCCCUGGAGAUGACCUGCUAUGACAGUGAUGAUGCCAACCCUCGCAGCGUGUCCAGCCUCUCCAAUCGCUCGUCCCCUCUCUCCUGGCGCUAUGGCCAGUCCAGUCCGCGGCUGCAGGCUGGUGACGCGCCCUCUGUGGGUGGUGGAAGCUGCCGCUCUGAGGGUCCGCCCGCCUGGUAUAUGCAUGGUGAGCGGGCUCACUACUCCCACACCAUGCCUAUGCGCAGCCCCAGCAAGCUCAGCCACAUCUCCCGCCUUGAGCUGGUGGAGUCCUUGGACUCUGACGAGGUGGACCUCAAGUCUGGUUAUAUGAGUGACAGUGACCUCAUGGGCAAGACGAUGACCGAGGAUGAUGACAUCACUACUGGCUGGGAUGAGAGCAGCUCCAUCAGCAGUGGGCUCAGUGAUGCCUCAGACAACCUCAGCUCGGAAGAAUUCAAUGCCAGCUCCUCGCUCAACUCCCUUCCAACCACUCCCACUGCCUCUCGCAGAAACUCGACAAUAGUGCUACGCACGGACUCAGAGAAGCGAUCUCUGGCAGAAAGUGGACUGAGCUGGUUUAGUGAAUCAGAGGAAAAGGGUCCCAAAAAACUAGAGUACGACAGUGGUAGCCUGAAGAUGGAACCUGGGACUUCUAAGUGGCGGAGAGAGCGGCCCGAGAGCUGUGACGAUUCAUCCAAGGGUGGAGAACUGAAAAAGCCCAUCAGCCUGGGACACCCUGGGUCCCUGAAGAAGGGCAAGACCCCACCAGUGGCUGUCACCUCCCCCAUCACUCACACAGCUCAGAGUGCCCUCAAAGUUGCAGGCAAACCUGAAGGCAAAGCUACAGACAAAGGCAAGCUGGCAGUGAAGAACACUGGGCUACAGCGCUCCUCUUCUGAUGCUGGCCGAGAUCGCCUGAGCGAAGCUAAGAAGCCCCCCUCGGGCAUUGCUCGCCCCUCUACUUCAGGAUCCUUUGGCUAUAAGAAGCCUCCUCCGGCCACAGGCACAGCCACCGUCAUGCAGACUGGUGGUUCAGCCACUCUCAGCAAGAUCCAGAAGUCCUCGGGCAUUCCUGUCAAGCCAGUGAAUGGACGCAAGACUAGCUUGGAUGUGUCCAACAGUGCAGAGCCAGGAUUCCUGGCUCCUGGGGCCCGUACCAACAUCCAGUACCGCAGCCUGCCCCGCCCAGCCAAGUCUAGUUCCAUGAGUGUGACGGGUGGGCGGGGUGGACCUCGCCCUGUUAGCAGCAGCAUUGACCCCAGUCUCCUCAGCACCAAACAGGCAGGCCUUACGCCCUCCAGACUGAAGGAGCCUACCAAGGUGGCCAGUGGGCGGACCACUCCAGCCCCUGUCAAUCAGACAGAUCGGGAGAAGGAGAAGGCCAAAGCUAAGGCGGUAGCCUUGGACUCUGACAACAUUUCCUUGAAGAGCAUUGGCUCCCCAGAAAGUACUCCUAAGAACCAAGCAAGCCACCCCCCAGCCACCAAGCUAGCAGAGCUGCCACCAACCCCUCUCAGGGCCACAGCUAAGAGCUUUGUCAAGCCACCCUCACUAGCCAAUCUAGACAAGGUCAACUCCAACAGUCUGGAUCUACCAUCGUCCAGCGACACCCACGCUUCAAAGGUCCCAGAUCUGCAUGCUACAAGCUCAGCAACAGGGGGCCCUCUCCCUUCUUGCUUCACCCCCAGUCCAGCACCCAUCCUCAAUAUUAACUCAGCCAGCUUCUCUCAGGGCCUGGAACUAAUGAGUGGUUUCAGUGUCCCAAAGGAGACCCGCAUGUACCCUAAACUCUCAGGCCUGCACAGGAGCAUGGAGUCCCUCCAGAUGCCAAUGAGCCUGCCCAGUGCCUUCCCCAGCAGUACUCCCAUCCCCACACCUGCUGCCCCUGCUGCUCCCCCAGAGGAGGAGACGGAAGAGCUGCCCUGGAGUGGAAGCCCCCGAACUGGGCAGUUGGACAGUAAUCAGCGAGAUCGGAACACUCUUCCCAAGAAAGGGCUCAGGUACCAGCUUCAGUCCCAGGAGGAGACAAAGGAGAGACGACACUCCCAUACCAUUGGUGGGCUGCCAGAAUCCGAUGACCAGUCAGAGCUGCCUUCUCCCCCUGCACUCUCCAUGUCCUUGAGUGCUAAGGGCCAACUUACCAACAUAGUGAGUCCCACUGCGGCCACCACGCCAAGAAUCACCCGCUCCAACAGCAUCCCCACCCACGAGGCGGCCUUCGAGCUGUACAGCGGCUCCCAAAUGGGGAGCACCCUGUCCCUGGCCGAGAGACCCAAGGGAAUGAUUCGGUCAGGAUCCUUCCGAGACCCCACGGAUGAUGUUCAUGGCUCAGUGCUGUCCCUGGCCUCCAGCGCCUCCUCCACUUACUCCUCACAAAUCCGGAAGCUCCGUAGGGAACUGGAAUCAUCCCAGGAAAAAGUAGCCACCCUGACAUCUCAGCUUUCUGCCAAUGCUAAUCUGGUGGCUGCUUUUGAGCAGAGCCUGGUGAACAUGACAUCCCGCCUGCGACACCUGGCAGAGACAGCAGAGGAGAAGGACACUGAGCUGCUGGAUUUGCGAGAAACCAUAGACUUUCUGAAGAAAAAGAACUCUGAGGCCCAGGCAGUCAUUCAGGGAGCCCUUAAUGCCUCAGAAACCACACCCAAAGAACUUCGGAUCAAGAGACAAAACUCCUCAGAUAGCAUCUCAAGCCUCAACAGCAUCACUAGCCAUUCCAGCAUUGGCAGCAGCAAGGAUGCUGAUGCAAAAAAGAAGAAAAAGAAGAGUUGGCUUCGAAGUUCCUUCAACAAAGCCUUCAGUAUAAAAAAGGGACCCAAGUCAGCUUCCUCGUACUCUGAUAUAGAGGAGAUUGCCACACCUGACUCCUCAGCCCCAUCAUCCCCCAAACUACAGCACGGUUCCACAGAGACUGCUUCCCCCUCCAUCAAGUCCUCCACCUCAUCCUCUGUGGGCACUGAUGUCACUGAGGCCCCUGCUCCUCACCCAGUUCCUCACACUAGGCUGUUCCAUGCCAAUGAGGAGGAGGAGCCAGAGAAGAAGGAGGUAUCAGAGCUGCGCUCUGAGCUAUGGGAGAAGGAGAUGAAGCUUACAGAUAUCCGCUUGGAGGCCCUCAACUCUGCCCACCAACUAGAUCAGCUUCGGGAAACAAUGCACAACAUGCAGUUGGAAGUGGACCUGCUGAAAGCAGAGAAUGACCGGCUGAAGGUAGCCCCAGGCCCCUCAUCAAGCUCCACUCCAGGGCAGGCCCCUGGAUCAUCUGCUUUGUCGUCCCCUCGCCGCUCCCUGGGCCUGGCACUCACCCAUUCCUUCAGUCCAAGUCUCACAGACACAGACCUAUCACCCAUGGAUGGUAUCAGCACAUGUGGUCCAAAAGAGGAGGUGACCCUUCGGGUGGUGGUGAGGAUGCCCCCUCAGCACAUCAUCAAAGGGGACUUGAAGCAGCAGGAAUUCUUUCUGGGGUGUAGCAAGGUCAGUGGGAAGGUGGACUGGAAGAUGCUGGAUGAAGCUGUUUUCCAAGUGUUCAAGGACUAUAUUUCUAAAAUGGACCCAGCCUCCACCUUGGGACUAAGCACUGAGUCCAUCCACGGCUACAGCAUUAGCCACGUGAAACGGGUCCUGGACACUGAGCCCCCCGAGAUGCCUCCUUGCCGUCGGGGUGUCAACAACAUAUCGGUCUCCCUCAAAGGUCUGAAGGAGAAAUGCGUCGACAGCCUGGUGUUUGAGACGCUGAUCCCCAAGCCGAUGAUGCAGCACUACAUCAGCCUCCUGCUCAAGCACCGGCGCCUCGUUCUCUCGGGCCCCAGCGGCACGGGCAAGACCUACCUGACCAACCGGCUGGCUGAGUACCUAGUAGAGCGCUCUGGCCGUGAGGUCACCGAGGGCAUCGUCAGCACUUUCAACAUGCACCAGCAGUCCUGCAAGGAUCUGCAACUGUAUCUUUCCAACCUGGCUAACCAGAUAGACCGGGAAACAGGAAUUGGGGAUGUGCCUCUGGUGAUCCUGUUGGAUGACCUGAGUGAAGCAGGCUCCAUCAGUGAGCUGGUCAAUGGGGCCCUCACCUGCAAGUAUCACAAAUGUCCCUAUAUUAUAGGUACCACCAAUCAGCCUGUAAAAAUGACACCCAACCAUGGUUUGCACUUGAGCUUCAGGAUGUUGACCUUCUCCAACAACGUGGAGCCAGCCAAUGGCUUCCUGGUUCGUUACCUGAGGAGGAAGCUGGUAGAGUCAGACAGCGACAUCAAUGCCAACAAGGAAGAGCUACUUCGGGUGCUCGACUGGGUGCCCAAGCUGUGGUAUCAUCUCCACACCUUCCUUGAGAAGCACAGCACCUCAGACUUCCUCAUCGGCCCUUGCUUCUUUUUGUCCUGUCCCAUUGGCAUUGAGGACUUCCGAACCUGGUUCAUUGACCUAUGGAACAACUCUAUCAUUCCCUACCUACAAGAAGGAGCCAAGGAUGGGAUCAAGGUUCAUGGACAGAAAGCUGCUUGGGAGGACCCUGUAGAGUGGGUCCGGGACACUCUUCCCUGGCCAUCAGCCCAACAAGACCAAUCAAAGCUGUACCACCUGCCUCCACCCACCGUGGGCCCUCACAGCAUUGCCUCUCCUCCUGAGGAUAGGACGGUUAAAGACAGCACUCCAAGUUCUCUAGACUCAGAUCCUCUGAUGGCCAUGUUACUGAAACUUCAAGAAGCUGCCAAUUACAUUGAGUCUCCAGAUCGAGAAACCAUCCUGGACCCCAACCUCCAGGCAACACUCUGAGGGUCUGGCAGACACUGUCACCCCGGACAGCAGAACGCUGGCAUCAGCUACGUUAGCUCCUCCUCUCUCCUCUCUUCCUUUGGAGCACUGGCUCUCCAUCCCCAGGAGGAGAACAGGAGGGAGGAGGAGGUGAAAGAGGAGGGACAGGUUCUUGGUGCUGCACCUUUGAGAACUUCUAGUAAGGAUUGGUGGGGUGAAGUUUGGGAUCUUGAGUCCCCUAAAUACAUUACUGGCCUCCUCUCAUGACUUUGGGGAAAAGACGAUUCUGGGUCUUUUCCUUGACUUCUUUCAAUUACAAACUCCUGGGCUUUCCGGGAAGGGGUUCAUAAGACAUCAAAAAACUCUGUAGCAGUUCCUAAUCCAUUCUCGCAAAUAACACUGAGAGAGACAGUCAUGUGUGGGGGAAUCUGGAGGAGUCAGGAAGCACCCCAGAUUUCUUUGCAGACCCUUCCCAAUUCCAUCACCACUGCCAACAACUCUUCCCCCGGAGAUCUGGCUGGAGCCCAGAAAAAGAAGCAUGUGGUUUUAAAAAUGUUUAAAUCAAUCUGUAAAAGGUUAAAAAAACAAAAAAGGAAAAAAUGAAGCUGGAGAGAGGGGAACCAGUUGCCAAGGUAGAAAGAGAGCUGCCCACUCGUGCCCUCUGGAUGAUGUAGGGGACGUUGACAAGACGGCUGCCAAUCUAAGAAGUCACCAAACCACAAAAAUAACAUCACAGCCUUCAGAGAAAGACAAGCUCUGUCUUUCUCCCCUCUAAUUUAACGUGCAUGAGAGUCAAUAAACCCUACUUUUUUAUUUUUGUUUUUU